GCUGGAUCCAGCACCAGGUGCGGGGAGAAAUGGGGUCGCUUCUGCGGCCUUUCUCUAGCAUGGGGAUCCGGCGGCUUACUAGGAAUGGGGAUGACAAUGAUAAAUAUCCACAAGGGUUCCGGGGGAAGUCAGCCCUCUGGCUUCUCCCUUGGUUCUCUUCUCUGGGAAUGCCCUGUGCUGCUAGGAUCAAUUAUCAAUUGCCUACCAGUUCCUGGACAAUUCUCCCACCAUGGGCCUCUUCAAAAACUAUCGUGUGUAUAUUCUCACAGCAGUGGCCUAUUCUGGGUCACUUCUUUUCGGCUAUGAUACGGGUGUGAUGGGUAGUGUCCUUUCCUUGGACAGCUUCAAGGAAGAUUUUGGACUACCUACUGGCUCCUCCGGCUUUGCAUCCUCCAAGAAUUCCGACAUCUCUUCCAAUGUCGUCUCGUUGCUGACCGCGGGUUGCUUCUUCGGCGCUAUCUUCGCUGCCCCUCUCAACGAGCGCAUCGGACGACGCUACUCCCUAAUGAUCUUCUCCGUUAUCUUCCUCAUCGGGGCGGCUGUUCAAGUCGCCUCUCUGCACUCCAUUGGUCAGAUCUAUGGUGGUCGUGUCAUCGCCGGCUUGGGCAUUGGCGGGAUGUCCAGUAUCACGCCCGUCUUUGUGAGCGAAAACUGCCCCCCGCAUAUCCGUGGUCGAGUUGCUGGGAUGUUCCAGGAGUUCCUGGUCAUUGGAAGCACUUUCGCCUACUGGCUAGACUACGGUGUCUCCAUCCACAUUCCUUCGAGCACAAAGCAAUGGCGUGUCCCCGUAGCCAUCCAGCUUAUCCCCGGCGGGCUCAUGCUCCUUGGCCUUUUCUUCCUCAAGGAGUCCCCUCGUUGGCUGACUGGCAAGGGGCGCCAUGAAGAGGCUCUUCACUCUCUUGCAUACAUCAGAAACGAAUCUCCAAACAGUGAAGCUGUUCAGAAAGAGAUCGCGGAGAUCAGGGCAGCCAUUGCCGAGGAAGCAGCCGCCACAGAGGGUCUGACCUAUAAGGAGUUCCUCCAAAAGAGUAACCUCAAACGCUUCGGGUUUGCUUUUGUUCUCAUGCUCUCACAGCAAUGGUCGGGAACCAACAGUAUAGGCUACUAUGCCCCGGAGAUCUUUCAAACAAUCGGUCUUAGUGCGACCAACUCCUCUCUUUUCGCCACUGGUGUCUAUGGAACUGUCAAGGUGGUCGCAACAGCUAUUUUCCUGUUCGUCGGUAUUGACCGCUGGGGCCGUAAGCUCAGUCUGAUCGGAGGCUCCAUCUGGAUGGCUAGCAUGAUGUUUAUCAUUGGUGCUGUCUUGGCCACACACCCCCCUGACACCAGCGCCGGUGGCGUUUCCCAGGCCUCCAUCGCCAUGGUCGUCAUGAUCUAUCUCUACGUCAUUGGCUAUUCCGCUUCAUGGGGUCCUACCCCUUGGGUGUAUGUGAGCGAGAUCUUCCCAACCCGUCUACGCGCUUACGGCGUUGGUCUCGCCGCCACAUCCCAAUGGCUCUGGAGCUUCGUAGUCACCGAAAUCACCCCCAAAGCCGUCCACAACAUCGGCUGGCGCACCUUCCUCAUGUUCGGCAUUUUCUGCGCCGCCAUGGGUGUCUUCGUCGUCAUCUUCGCCAAGGAGACCAAAGGCCGCAGUCUCGAAGACAUGGACAUCCUCUUCGGUGCCGUCGAUGAGGCUGACCGUCGUGCUGCAGUGGAACACUCCAUGCAUAAGCGCGGUUCCACACACAUCGAGGAUUUGGACGACGAGGAAGCCGAACGUGUCCGCAACGAGCAACAAAACAAGGUCUAGCUGGGCUAGAUCGAUCACAUGCAUGUAUAAACGAACCCAAUUUCCUGGGAAUGACUGAAUGGUAUAAGACGGGGCAAGGCAAACCAAAUUAGAUAGAUCUAGAUGGGUACCUAGAGGCGGGGCUUACAUCGGUUUGUUUGCUUGGAUUCGGGUUGUGUUUGUGUUUGUUAGACAGGACCGCACAAGACUAGAUUCUAUCCCCGGCUGGACUGAUGUUGUGUGAUAUGC